UGACGUGGCGAAAAAUUUUCAGGUCCCGCGCAAACGCUCACCUUCCCGCUUCUUUAAAGGCCGCCCCCUUCUGGCCCCCUUUCCGCCUCCACUUCGCAUCACGCAACGCCCACAGGCACUCGUCACGCACACAUCCAAACCCACUUCCCGAUCCGACCCGGAGGUUCGGAGCGGAGAUGAAGUCGAGGGCGAGGUCCAGCGGAGCCGACUCCAGGUACGAUUCGAUCCGGCCGCCUCCUUUCCCCCAUUUCCGGGAUGUUUAUCUGGUGGUUUCGAUUCGUUUUGCUUGGGGUUCUGACUGGGUUUCGUUUGCUGUUGUUGGUUGGUCGUGGUGCAGGCUCUCCGUGAGGAAGUCCAAGGCCGAGAAGGACCCGAACAAGCCCAAAAGGCCUCCGAGCGCCUUCUUCGUCUUCAUGGAGGAGUUCAGGAAGGACUACAAGGAGAAGCACCCCAAUGUCAAGCAAGUCUCCGUGAUUGGCAAGGCUGGUGGUGACAAGUGGAAGUCCCUGUCCGAUGCUGAGAAAGCUCCCUUCGUGUCCAAGGCCGAGAAGCUCAAAGCUGAGUACACCAAGAAGAUGGACGCCUACAAUAACAAGACGGCUGGAGGCCCUACAGCUUCUGGUGACUCUGACAAGUCCAAGUCCGAGGUGAACGACGAGGAUGAGGAGGUGAGAGAGAAGAGCCGCCUUCUUGCUCUUCCUUGUGGUGACGAGUGAUGCAUCCAUGUCUCUCCAGCCAAGUCGUCGCAGUCAGUAGUAGGGAAGUCUUCGUCGGCCUAACCGGGCAUUGCUGCUCCUUAUCCUCUGGAUGCUGUCGGUCUCUCUAGAUGUAGCAGUAGUAGCUGUCCACUCUCGAGUUGGUAGUUGCAAGUGUCGUCCCUGAAGUGAAGCAGUUUAGUGGUAGUGUGUUCGCUUCUUCGGCACUUAACCGUUGUUGGAAUUUAUGUCACCCUGCAGUCUGUACUUACCCCAAGCAUCAGUUCCUGUUUAAAUCUCAGAUCUGAAUAGAUGAGUUAUUUUGCUGAACUGAA